AUGGCAUCUGGUUCUGAGUCGCUAUACGGGCUUACUCCGGUGGCAGCAUCGGCAGCCCAAGUACUUUCAGCUGCUAAGCCUACAUCUCCCGCCCCCUUUAUAUCGGUCGCAGAGACCCCUGUUCCAGAUACAGGGCUCUCUCGCCGCAUCAGUGCAUAUGCCCAGAGACAUCUCCCGGAGCCCACUUACAAUCACUCCCUCCGCGUUUAUCACUACGGUCUGGCGAUAAAGCGGCACCUGUUUCCAUUUUGGAGUUUUACGGACGAGACAUAUUUUCUUGCCUGUGUGCUGCAUGACGUCGGUACUACCGAGGAGAAUUUAACCAGAACUAAAUUGAGCUUCGAGUUCUAUGGGGGUUUGUUGGCUUUGGAAGUUUUGCAAGAGGCUUCCACCCCGUCGUUCGGGGAUAUUGCUCCCCGAGACCAAGCCGAGAGUGUGGCUGAAGCUAUCAUUCGACACCAAGAUCUAUGUGACAGAGGCAAACUCACGGCCGUCGGGCAAUUGCUACAGCUGGCCACCAUUUUCGACAAUACUGGUGCGUACAGUGAGCACGUACAUUCUCAAACCAUCGAAGACGUCUCUCGGCACUUCCCACGCAAGAACUGGAGUCGCUGCUUUUCUUCAUCCAUCCGAAGGGAGAAUGAGCUGAAGCCUUGGUCACAUACGACCACCCUAGGUGAGGAGGAUUUCCCAACAAAAGUGCUUAGCAACAGCUUAAUGGCACCUUAUGAGUAA